AUGGGCGCCUUGUAUGAGAUGCGCGUGCAGCUGCGCAAUCUCAACUGGUUCGCCGAGAUCAACCGUCGGGGCUUCGUAAAGAUCACCAAGAAGCUCGAUAAGAAGCUCCCCGAGACCGCCUCCCAGCACCGCUACAUCUCGACAAAGGUCGACCCUCUGCCCUUCGCCAAAGACACGACGAGCACACGCCUCCUCACCGAGAUUAACAAAUGGAUUUCCGCUCUGGGCGACGCCCGGAAUGUUGAUGACUCCAGGUCUGACAGGUCAGUGCGGUCGCUUGGUCGCGCCUCCUCCAAGGCCAUGUUAACCCUAUCGCAAAACUUACUCGACACUCUGGACCAAGCCAUUCGCAACGACAAUGUCGAGUCCUUGAAGGCUGGUUUGCAGGAGGGCAAUGUAACUGGUGAACAGACCUCUCACAGCUUGCUCCUGAACUUGUUGCAGCGUUCCAUCGCCGCCCGAUCCAAGGCCAGCAUUGCCUAUCUUCUGGAUCAGUUACCUUCGAUUAAUGAGCCCGACGACAUCAACGAGCGCAACUGCAUUCAUCGACUGGUCAUCCACAUCGGCCGUACCAAGUCCAACGGGCCUGACAAUGAGCCAAGGUCGUACCCCUUCCCUAUCGGUACUCAGUUCACAUCUCACGACCUUCAGCCUGCCGUCUCACAGGCAGUCACCCCUCGUGCACUCAAUGAGAACGAGACUAAGCUUCUCGGGAAGGACGAUGAGGCGGUUCAGAUUCUAAUGUAUUUGCUCGACUCCCUGAAGCCUGAACAGAGAGAGGCGCUCAGCAGCAGAGACUCCUUCGGCCGACUGCCGCUGCACUAUGCAGCUCGCUUCGGCUUCGUCGUUGUCUGCCAGAUUAUCAUGGCCAAGAUGCAAGAGUGGGGUCAGUUCAAUGUCGAGAACGGCAUUGACGCCCCCGAGUGGCAGGACAACGACGGCUAUGCUCCGCUGCACUUGAGUGUUGUGGGCGGUCACCCCUUGACUACCCAGGCUCUGCUUCAGGGUGAGAACUGGCAGGGUGUCAGCGUCAAGAAGGCCGAAAUGAGGAGAACGGUGUCAAAGUCUGGUGCUGUUCUUGCCAUGGCCACCAAGUCCAACUACAAGGUCAUCGUAGAGAUGCUUGUUCAGGCUGGUGUGGAUAUCAACUGGCAAGAUAAAACGGGCGAAACCGCUCUGCAUCUCGCCGCACGCUUCGGCCACGAUGAGAUUGCCAAGGUGCUGUUGAAGGGCACCGACGAGCAGAAGGCCGACCUGGAGAUCACCGAGAACUCAUAUGCGUGGACCCCUCUUCACGUUGCGGCUGUCGACGGCCACCUUUCCGUGGCUCAGCUCCUCGUUGAUGCUGGAGCCGAAGUAGCCAAGGCCGAUUCAUCUGGCUGGACUGCCAAAGAGCACGCUGCUCUGCGUGGUCACUUGGAUAUUGCCAGGCUUCUUGCUGCCCAGCCAGAUGCCGACCUUGCUCGGACCACAAAGGACCUCAAGGUUUCUGGCGAAAGCUCUCGUUCUUCAUCCCCCGAGAACAACACCUCCCUCGAUGGCCGCAAAUCGAACGGCGCAGCUCGCCCUCUCGAACCCGUCAAGACCUUUGGACAUCGCUACCUUACCGACAAGAGCAUGGUUUUGGUUAGUCUUGGAUCGAUGGACAUGCGGAAGAACAUUGAGGCAGUCAAGCUUGACCGCGUGCCCCUGACAGAGGCCCACUUGACGGAGCUCGACACGGCUCUGUCUAUUGUGGUCUCGGCUACUGGUGCUCAGGGUGAGCCCACCAUCGUUGAUCUGCCUGUCCACGAGAACGUCUCGACCGAGCCAAUUGUGUUCACCGCUGCAGACCCUUCGCAGGUGAAGAUCAUGUUCGACAUUGUUCCUACUUACUCUGGAAACGAGAAGAACAAGAUCGGACGUGGUGUGGCCCUCCUCUCAUCCAUCAAGCCCACAAUUGGUGCCAAGCGGAUGAACCUUCAGGGUGAUGUCUGCGUGCCCAUUCUGGCCAGUAACUUGGACGUCAUUGGCACCGUCAACUUCAACUUCCUAGUAGUCACACCAUUCUCCCACCCCAACAUGGAGAUCAACUCUCAGCAGACUUACUGGAAGAAACUGGCUACAACAAUGGUCAUUGGCCACCGCGGCAUGGGUAAGAACCUGACGAGCAACAAGUCUCUCCAGCUAGGAGAGAACACGGUGCCUUCUUUCAUUGCAGCUGCCAACCUGGGCGCCCAAUACGUCGAGUUUGAUGUCCAGCUCACCAAGGACCACGUCCCGGUUAUUUAUCACGACUUCCUCGUCAGCGAGACAGGUAUCGACGCACCAGUUCACACGCUCACACUCGAGCAAUUUUUGCACAUCAAUCCUGACUCAAAGCGCACGAACGGCGUGAAUGCCGUCAAUGAUCAAAUCGAGAGGGUUCGCAACAAUGCUCCGGGCCCCAGACAACGGUCUUUGUCUAUGGGGUAUGCGGGUGACUCACUCCUCAACGGUGACCUCGACGAGCGCAUGAAGCAUACGCGCGACUUCAAGAGCAAGGGCUACAAGGCCAACUCACGCGGCAACUUCAUCCAGGCUCCCUUUGCCACCCUCGAGGACCUGUUCCGCCAGCUCCCCGAGCAUAUCGGCUUCAAUAUCGAAAUGAAGUACCCCAUGCUCCACGAGAGCGAGGAGCAGGAGAUGGACACCUAUGCUGUCGAGCUCAACUCUUUCUGCGACACCGUGCUGUCCAAGGUCUACGACCUCGCUGGCAACAGACACAUCAUCUUCAGCUCCUUCAACCCUGAUAUCUGCCUGUGUCUCAGCUUCAAGCAGCCGUCUAUCCCCAUUAUGUUCCUGACGGACGCGGGCACUUCUCCCGUCGGCGACAUUCGAGCGUCCUCCCUCCAGGAGGCCAUUCGUUUCGCCAGCCGCUGGAACCUGAUUGGUAUCGUCAGCGCCGCGGAGCCGCUCAUCAACAGCCCCAGAUUAGUUAGAGUCGUCAAGGAGAGUGGUCUCCUCUGUGUCAGUUACGGAGCGCUGAACAACAAUCCCAUUAUGGUUCAACGCCAAGUGAAGGAGGGUAUAGAUGCAGUUAUUGUAGACAACGUGCUCGCCAUCAGAAAGGGACUCACCACCACGGAGGGGUCCCAGGCCUCGAAGGACGACGCACUAGAGGAGACAUCGGAAGGUGACUCUUCCUAG